CCUUCCUCCGCAUAAAUAGACACAUGCCGCCGUCAUAUCCAUAGCUUCCCUCUCGCCGUCCGUCGUCCGCCAUCCGCCAAACUGCGACGCCCACAAAGCCUCACUUCGCUCCGGGCACGACCCGGGGGCACACGCGCCUCCUCCAGGCCGACUAUAUUACAGAGCAGCCACGCCUUGUAUUCACCAUUUCACAAGGCCACUUGCAAAUCCCCCGUCAAAUAUCUGUCUGCGCGUGCUUGGCUUCCAACGACGGGUGGGGAUCGCCAGUUUACCUCUAGGAAUCGCGCGUUUCACAUCUCGUCGGCAGAUCGUGCUCAACCUUUGCCAGACUGGAAUUUCUCUACCAGCCAUCGUUGGCCAUCACCUCCGCCACCUUCUCAACCUUGGACAACACCUGUACCCAGGAAAACGGAUGAAUUUACACCGACUACUCGUUUAGCACCAGCUUUUCGCACGCCACGUUUUCGCAACAGUCCAGAUUUCGAAAAUCAACCGAAGCAAGCAGCAAAUGUACUACCCACAAGGACUGAAACCCAAGUCAGUGACGCAGAGCUUCAGCAGCUUUCUGUUGCUGCUGACGAUCAGCAUUUUGGCGAUGUCUUUGCUGAGGAGGUCUCUCCUAAUUUCCAUCUGGAAAAUCUGAAGAUGGGAAAACUAGACGAGAUUAAGGGCUGGGUUGAAGCCGAUUAUACCCCACCAGAUGAGAAUAUCAGCUGGGAUGAGGCUCUAAACAUACCAUUAUCCCCAGCUCCGCCAAUGGAAGAAUUUCCCGACUUCUUUGCCGCUCCCCAUCAUCUACCCAGGAAGAGCGAAAUCACUCCGCCCGUCUUCAAUUUUACAAUCGAAAGUGAUACAUCAUCAGUUGAUGAUACGGCUCUUACGUCAAAUAUUCCUGCUAUCCCUCUCGCAGCGGAUGGAUACCCGCUUGACGGCAACACCCGAUUCGAUUGGCGUGCUCGCGCGCUUGGUCAACUGAGGCGUCCACUCCCCCCACACCUCCGACCCCGUAACCGUCAUUGGAUGUUCGCUAAACAACCUCGUAGAUACCAACCGGUUGUGACCAAGCUUCCGAGUGAUCAUCCUUUAUCCAUUGCUUUGGAGCGAUACCGGAGACACUUCAGUCAGCUUCUCAAAGCAGAACUACAAGAAGAAGCCAGGCUAUUCAAUCAAAGGCUGGAAGAGUGGAGUACAGAAAAACUUGUCAAGGCUGGCUACACACUUGUCAACGUAAGAGGAGAUGAAGUUUCCCAGAAGCAUAAUUCUCAGGGAGAAAGGUCCUUUAUAUAUUCGUUCGUCAGAGGAAAGGGUACCAUGAUUGACGCUGCAAAGUUUACGUUCGGCCAGUAUGUCAUGCUCUCAAGAACUCAUCCUUUCCAAGAUGCUGUCAAAGACGACGAAUCCAGACCUAUUCUAGCUACCGUGAACUCCAAGACCAAGGGAGUCGUCCAGGUAUUGAGUCCUGUGCCCAUACCAGAUAUACGUCAAGGUGUAUGGCGGCUUGAUAUUGGCCACUCAGACUAUGUGUAUAGGAAACAGCUUGAGGCGAUGAGCUUUCUGAACAACAAUCCUCUUGAACAAGACGUGUCUGAUUAUGUCGAGGACUCUUUCGAAUCCUAUCCCCAGUUCCCACUUGAUAUGCCCAAGAAAAAUCCUUUGGUGGUCUCUACACCCUCGUCAGCUGCUCCGUCAAACCAAGCUAUUCUCAAAGGCACCAGUCUUCGAGAGACUCUAUUAAGGGCCUUCUCGAAAGAUUUUUGCCCUCCUGUCCCAUCAGCAUCAUCCCCCAGUGACUCUUCGUCUCCUAUUUCAAAUGCCAAGUCCGAUGGUUUUGUUUCAAACGCCCACGCUUUAUCACCGACAGAUCUCGAUGCCAUCCCAAAACCUCAUCUAGCCUCUGGCACCGGCGAAACCAAAAAGAGUGGUAUUUUGAACAGAAAUACGUUGAUAAGAAGUUGGGCGGAGAGACAUCGUUCUGAGCGAGAGACCCCUGUGGAAGUUGAGGGUGAUCCCUAUGUCCCUUUGAACCGGACUCAGUUGCGGGCCAUGGGAAUGAUGUUGAGCGAGGCAUUAUCUCUAGUCCAAGGCCCUCCCGGUACGGGCAAGACUCGUGUCAUCGUCGAAACUAUCAAGCUCCUCAAGCAUCAUUUCCAGAUUCCCCAUCCUAUUCUUGUUUGCGCCCAUACCAACGUCGCUGUCGACAAUCUUUUAGCAGGUAUGGUAAAACAUGGAGUCAAGGCCAUUAGAACAGGAAUGGCCGAAAGAGUCCCUACCGAUCUGAAGCAGUAUACCUUGGGGAUUAAAAUGGAAAGCCACCCCAUGUGGACCUGUGUGCAGACCAUGACUGAGAAAACUAAAAGACUCAAGGAUGAAAUCUUCAGAUUGGAUUUUGGUAAUCCAGAACGACAGCAGAAAUCCUCGGAGUUGAAAAAAAUUUGGAGACAGAUUUGGGGUAUACAACAAAGUAUAACCCGGGAGCUGCUCCUCGAUGCCGACGUGGUUUGCACGACUUGCAUAUCGGCCAUAUCAGCCAACCUCAACAGUAUCGACUUCCCCAUAGUUUUUUUAGAUGAAGCGAGUAUGGCAACCGAACCCUUGACUCUCUUACCCCUGAUGAAAGGUUCAUCCCAUGUAGCCAUUAUCGGUGAUCAUAAGCAACUUCCUCCAGUUAUUGUGUCUCAGGAUGCGCAUGCCGGAGGAUUGUCGACCAGCUUGUUUGAAAGGCUGAUCCAUGAAAAAAACGUCCCUUCUAUAAUGCUUGACACACAGUAUCGAAUGCACCCCUCCCUCGCCGCCUUUUCUUCCAAAACCUUCUACUCCUCCUUACUCAAAAAUGGCACGCCCGCAUCAGAAAGGCCUCCUCCCGAGACAGCUUUCCUCAUUCCGGAAGAUCCAAUUCCUGAUCCGUCUACGGGCGAGUUGAGGUUGUGGGGGGAGAAGACCAAUUUGACCUUUCUGAAUCACAGUCAUCUUGAAAGCCCUGUUUUACAGAGUAUGGCCAACGAGGGAGAAGCGGAAAUUAUCGUAGACGUUGUAACUGAUCUCCUCCACAAGAACCCCGAUUUGAAAGGUUCUCAAAUUGGUAUCAUCGCUCCUUAUCUUGGUCAGAUCAAAGUUCUUUCAGAAACCCUUUUCGCCUCGGAGACCCAAGAUUCUCUCAAAAGAAUCCUUGGAGAUGAACGAACGGAAGAAAUUCAAGAUGUGGAAAUUAAGACUGUUGACGGCUUUGAAGGGAGAGAGAAAGAAGUAAUCAUUUUUAGUACUGUUAGAUCGAAUGCCGGUGGGUAUAUCGGCUUUUUGGGUGAUUGGAGGCGAGUCAAUGUUGGACUGACAAGAGCCAGACGAGCACUUAUUAUGGUCGGAAAUAAGGAGACUCUUAAGAGGGCCAAGAUGGGCAAGAUAGUGGCUGAAAAUCUGCCUCAGGGUGGGACGAGGGUGUGGCAAGAUCUCAUGGCGUACUUAGAAGAAGGGGGUAUGAUUUUAGAUACUGAUCAAGGGGUUGAUUAACGUUGUCAUCAAUUAGAUAUAUUAAACUUCUGUAAAUCAGCAUAGGAUCCGUAAAAGAACCCAUAAACUACUGUAAUCUCCAGAUGCAGAUAACUAUAG